AAGCCAUUUGACAGCACAAUAUUUAUUUUGGCUUUUAAAAUGCAACACGAGUGACCCGACUGUCCACGGGAGUUUAAUCAUUUUUUUUCAUGUUAUCAUGUGUUGAUUGUUGUUUAUUGUACCAAAAAGAACUUUGAACCAAUCUUGAUUUAUCACACCUCAGUGACUGAAGUGAAUAACGCAGCAUAAUUCUACAAUGUGGACUAUGACGCGCAUCCCACUGAGAACGGCUACCUCCUGGUAUCGAGCCGGAUUGAUGCGACAGCUGUGUUCCGGUACGGAGCCAAACCAGACUGCAACCGACCAAUCAAAUACAACAAAACCAGAGGAACCCUCCAUUCUGGUGGAGAAGGAAGGAAACAUAACUAUGAUCGGGCUGAACAAACCUCACAUCCGAAAUGCAGUCGAUUCGGAAAUGGGUCGACAAUUGACGGCAGCCAUCGAAGCGUUCGAACAGGAUUCGACAGCUGCAGUGGCCAUUCUCCAUGGGAUCGGUGGUUCGUUUUGCUCUGGUUACGAUCUAUCUGAACUAGCCAAUCCGGAUGUGAAACCACAAUCAGUAAUUCUCCAAAGAGGUGGCGUCAUGGGACCCACACGGCGCAACUUUAAAAAGCCUAUGAUUUGCGCCAUAACCGGAUAUUGCGUGGCCGGUGGCAUGGAACUGGCACUGAUGUGCGACUUGCGGGUCAUGGAGGAGCUGGCAGUGAUGGGAUUCUAUAACAGACGAUUCGGUGUUCCACUCGUUGAUGGUGGAAGCGUUCGACUACCGGCACUGAUCGGUAUUUCCCGCGCCAUGGAUUUGGUUCUGACUGGGCGAGGGGUUCGCGCCAAAGAGGCUCUGGAAAUAGGGCUCGUCAAUCGAGUUGUAGCAGUGGGAACAGGACUUGGCCAGGCUUAUAAUCUUGCGAUGAGCAUUGCAAAGUAUCCACAGGCAUGCUUGAACCACGACAGGACUUCAAUGUACUACGCUACUUAUCAAGCUAAAUCGUUGGAGGAUGCUAUGGAAUUUGAACUGCUGACGGCGAAUGAAGAGCUCCUGAAGGAAGCUGUCUAUGGGGCUGAACGGUUCAAGCAGGGCUUGGGGAAGGGUGGUAAAUUUCACGAUAUCAAAAAGAAGCCGCUCCCGGACUGGGGAAUUGCAGGAGGUAGCUAAUGAGAUUAACGAGAUUCCAAAGUCGAAAAUGUGAGACCGAUAGAAUACGAUUGUUGAGUAUUGUUAUGUAUCUAAAUGUAAAAAAUAUAUAGUUUUAUAGUUAACGCUAA